AUGGCUGACGUACCACCUCCUUCACUAUCCGAACUUAUGCGGAUGGUAGCUGAGCUACAACAAGCCAAUCAACGAAUGGCCGAAGAAAAUCAAAUAAUGGCUGCUCAAAUCGCUAAACUAAACCAUGCUCGGAUAGAACAUAAUGACACUCAUCGCCAGCAACCAGAAGAUAAUGAGCAUCAUUCCCAGCCCUCUCAUGUCUCGAAAACUAUCCGAGCCGACGAAGUUCAACCUGAAGAUGAAAACGAAGAGUCCGACGAACCUGUAGGACCCUUCACAGAAGAAGUGAUGAACUUCGAAUUGCCGAAGAGAUUCACCCUGCCACUAACCCUCACACCUUAUGAUGGACUCGGAGACCCGAAGAAAUUUCUCAAAAAGUUCCGAUCAACAAUGAUCGUCAAUGGUGCAUCAGAUACUGUUUUAUGCCGUUGUUUUCCAAAUUAUUUAGACGGUCCUGCACUUGAUUGGUUGUGUGCUUUGUCUGCAGGUUCUAUCUCGCGAUUUCAGCAACUGGCCAAGCUGUUUGAAGAACACUUCGCUGGAUCCGCAAUAUAUCUGCAUGACUCUAACUAUCUGAAUACUAUCAAGCAGGGGCAAAACGAAAGUUUGAAGGACUAUAUGACUCGCUUCACAAAAGUCGCCAUCAGCAUACCCGACCUUCAUCCCGAAGUCCAUUUGCAUGCAAUCAAAAGCGGCCUCCGACCUGGGAAGUUCCAGGAAACAAUUGCAGUAGCCAAGCCCAAAAUCCUUGCCGAGUUCCGGGAGAAAGCCAAAGGCCAAACUGAUAUCGAAGAGCUCAGACAAGCUCGGAAGUCUGACAAAACAAGCUAUAGAGACGAUGAUAAAACUCUAAAUAGUAAGAAAGGUUUUAAACUAACACCUCGUUUCGACUCUUAUACGCAGUUUAACACUAAGCGGGAGGAUAUCAUCAAAGAGAUUCUAAAUUCCAAACUCAUCAAGCUACCAAGAAAGGCCGGCACCUACCAAGACACUAAGAACGUAGACAAAUCUAAAUAUUGUGCCUUCCACCAGAAGCACGGCCACACCACUGAUGACUAUGUGGUAGCAAAGGAUCUCUUAGAACGGUUAGCUCGGCAAGGACAUCUUGACAAGUACAUUGGAAGUCACAUUCAAAAACGUUCCACACCUUCCAGGAACGAGGAUUCAUCAGAACAACAGCACCGAGGAAAGGAAAGGACAACGCCAAAUCAAUAUGAAAAGCCCCGAGGUAUAAUCAAUUGUAUUUCAGGGGGAUACGCCGGCAGGGGAUCCUCAAGCUCGGCCAGAAAGAGAUCAUACCGAGCUAUAUGCUCGGCAGAGGGCUUCCAGCGUGAAGCUAAAUUCGCAACACAACUCCCCCAAGUGACGUUCACACACGCCGACUUUAAUUCAAACAUACACAACUUGGACAAUCCUAUGGUAAUCACCCUUCAAUUGGGCGAUCUGUUGGUAAGGAAAGUACUUCUGGAUCCCGAGAGCAGCACCGACGUUCUAUUCUACACAACAUUCCAAAAAAUGAAGCUCAGCGCCAAUACCCUCCAGUCAACAGGAGGAGACCUUGUCGGGUUAUCGGGUGAACGAGUGCCAAUAUUGGGAUCAGUGUGGUUACAAACCACACUGGGUGAGCAUCAUCUUUCAAAAACAUAUGACAUUCAAUAUUUAGUAGUCGAUUGUUUUAGUCCAUAUAAUCUUAUACUUGGCCGACCUUUUUUAAACAAGUUCGGCGCAAUUGUUUCUACAGUUCAUCUGUGUGUUAAGUUUCCUCUGCAGGACGAUCAAGUUGUAACAAUCCACGGAGAUCAUAAAGAGGCACGGCGGUGUUACAAAUCAACAUGA